UUGUCUGCAAAAAUACUGCAGCCUUUCUACAAUACAGUUACCGACUUUAUAAAUAUUGCGUUCACUUUCGUUAUCGUGCUUCAACUUCAGUGGUCGUUGAAGACUUACAACUUAACGGGUUAUUUACAGUUCUUAGUACUGGUUCUCAGCCUUGCUAUGGGACUAUUCUCACAUCUCUUGUCGAUGUGUAUCGGUGUUUAUGGUGGAGCAUAUAUCGCACAGAACUACGAGAUUGGCAAGUGUUCCGUCGGUGUCAGAGCUUGCGAAACGAUUAGAAGCCUACGUCCAAGAAUACAAGAAAGAUCGGUGAUCGUCGUAUUCCUUCAGGAUAAACGGGAGAUUCGUUUUAGAAAUGGCUAG